GCGGGCGAGACCUACGAGGCGGCGAGCGGCAGCGUGGUCUUCGAGCCGGGCGAUGGGAUCGAAUCGAUCUCGGCGGCUCGGCGAAGUGGCGCAGAUCAAAGCGGGGUGAAGCUCCUGGCCAAAGACACCUGGAGUUCCAUUUUAGACUUCCAAGUGGAGCUUUUGGAUGACUCUCUGGU